GGUGAAUGUAACAUAACUUGUCCUUGAAAGGAUUCACCGUGAAAAAGGCACUAAAACUUCAAAAUAAAAAAUGGCCGAUGAGUCCACCGACGUUUAUGACGAAAUAUUUGAUUUCCGAGUAGUUGCUGCGCUUGAUUUUGGAACAACUUACAGUGGAUACGCCUAUUCUUUUUACCAGGAUCCAUUGAAAAUCUUUUGUCCUCAAACUUGGUUUGCUGGUGAAGGCAACCUCGCUUCGCUUAAGACGCCGACAUGUUUGCUUUUGAAUCCGGACCGAUCGUUUCACUCGUUCGGAUACACAGCAGAAAAUAAGUAUGUUUAUCUGGCUUCAGAGGGGAAACACCAGGACUACUUCUUUUUCUCAAGGUUUAAAAUGGAUCUUCAUUGGAAGGACAUGCAACAUGAUUCUGAGUUAAAAGAUAUCUCUGGGAAAAGUCUUCCAGCAAUAGACGUGUUUGCGAUGUCUAUCCAGUACUUAAGGGACCACCUCGUGCAGACUCUGAACGAAAGAGGAACAUUAGCAGACCUCAGUCAGAUUAUGUUUGUAUUGACUGUGCCCGCUAUAUGGACAGAGUCUGCUAAACUAUUCAUGCGGAAAGCAGCUGUAAAGGCUGGGAUACACACAGAGCAACUGAUAUUAGCUCUUGAACCGGAAGCAGCCUCGCUUUAUUGUCAGAAGGUUCCUGACGACCAUCUGUCGUUUGGAACAAGCCAUUUGAAAAGAUCUCCAGGGGUGCAAUAUCUAGUAGCUGAUAUAGGAGGUGGAACAGCGGAUUUUAGUGUUCACGAGCUGAAUGAAGAUGGUUCUCUAAGUGAAGUUCACAUGGCAACUGGGGGUCCUUACGCAGGAACAAGCGUUGACGAGGCGUAUCUUAAGCUCUUUCAAACGGUGUUUGGAGAAAAAACCAUGGAAAAGUUAAGAGAGAAUGACAUGAUGGAAUACUUGGCCAUUUUAAGAAGUUUUGAAUCAAAGAAAAGACUGGUUUGUGAAGAGUUCUCGGAGAAUGUCAGUGUGAAUCUGCCGACGAUGCUUUCUAAAACGUUGAAAAAGAAAUCAAAGAAAAUUAACAAAGUUCUGAAUGGGUGCGGUUUGGAGGGCUCAAUUUCCUUCCAUGACAACAAAAUCAAAUUCUCUCCAUGUUUGAUCAAAAGUUUAUUUAAUCAUCCAAUCUGUGGUAUACUUGAGCAAAUUCAAAACUUACUACGCAAACACGAAGCAAUAAAAAGUAUCAUCCUGGUCGGUGGAUUUAGCGAAUCCCGUCUACUGCAAGAAAAACUUAAGGAAAAUAUUAAGGGAAAAACAUUUGUUAUUCCAAACGAGUGCGGAUUAUCUGUCCUGAAAGGCGCCGUGCUUUAUGGACAUAGUCCUCUCUCAAUAACUUCUCGAAUUAUGAAGUAUUCCUACGGGGUUGCGUCAGAUUCCAUAUUCAUACACGGGGUGCACCCAAAGGAAAGAAAAUAUUCCGAUGAUAAUGGAGAGUCCAGAUGCAAGAGGGCCUUCCGAGUUCUCAUAGCUAAAGGAACAAGAGUAUCCGCCUCUGGUGUGGAAAUUUCACGAACCGCAGAACCUAUAACAAACACUCAGAUGAGUGUUUCGGAGAGAAUUUACUACACUGAGAAUGUAAACCCGGUAGUUGUGGAUGAGAAUUGUAAACUUUUGAAAAACUAUGUACUUUCUCUUCCGAAGGAUAAUGAAAAACCCCGAAUUAUUAAAAGUAUAUUUACCUUUGGCUUGACGGAAUUAAAAUAUUAUGCAGAGGUGUUAGAGACGGGGGGAAAGAGAGAUGAGAAGCUGAUCUUGCCAUUGAAUUCUUCAGUCAGUGUUACACUUAACCAAGAGGAGUUAAGGGCCAGAGCUACAGUAGCUGUCAGUAGAAAUUUUAAGGAAGACAAAAUGUGGUUGAAUGGGAGGGAACAGUCAAUGAAAAAUGCAAGGUUACAAUCCGUGAUCUCCCAAAUUAAAAGAUUGUGCAGGAAACGCAAGAUUGAUGGUGAUCAACCUAAUGAGAAACUUCAAUGGAAACUGCAUAUCUGCUCAGAAAACAAUUUUCCCACAGCUGCUGGGCUGGCAUCCUCUGCUGCUGGAUAUGCUUGUCUUGUGUAUGCUCUGUCAAAGUUGUAUGGAGUGGAAGGAGAUAUUUCCAAAAUAGCCAGACUGGGCUCUGGCAGUGCUUGUCGAAGCAUCCAUGGGGGUUUUGUCAUCUGGAACAAAGGAGAUGCAGAGGAUGGGGAGGAUUCAUCGACUGAACAGAUAGCUCCAGAAACACACUGGCCAGAGCUCCGUGUUCUAAUACUUGUGGUCUCAGACCAGACAAAACACACAGCAAGUACAGUAGGGAUGCAGACGAGUGUAGAAACUUCUGAUCUACUUCACCAGAGACUACAAGGGGUGCCAAAAAGAAUAGAGAGAAUAAAGAAAGCCAUUCUCAGAAAGGAUUUUCAUUCAUUUGCUGAAAUAACUAUGAAGGACAGUAAUCAACUCCAUGCUGUGUGUCUGGACACAUACCCUCCAAUCUCCUACCUCACCGACACCUCCCAUCACAUCAUGCAGCUUGUCCAUGCCAUCAACCAAGACAAUAGCUCCAACAUGGUUGCCUACAGCUUUGAUGCAGGACCAAACGCCUUUGUGUUUAUGCAAGAAAAAGAUGUACCCACAGUUCUUGAUAUUCUGCAUUAUUUCUAUCCCAACUCGGACCCACAUUUCAUCAGAGGGAUUCAUGUGCCAGGGAAGCAUGACACUCAUGUGGAUUACACUGCAUUUAGUGACAUAAAAGUGAUUCCUAGAGCUCUAAAAUUCAUCAUCCACACAAAACCUGGACCAGGCCCAAGUGUCCAGGAAAGCGAUAAUGGUCUAUUAACAAAGGAUGGAUUACCAAAAUAACUUCAACAGAACAGUAAAAAGUUCUAGAUCCAACCUUAUCUCAACAUUUUCCUCAUUUUUCUAUAUACAAUGUCCUCAUAAAUUUUUUAUUCAUUUUGUAUGUACGAAAUAUUGUAUGUGAAUAGUGCUAAAAAUAAGUAUUUCAGAAUAAAGAAAUAACUUGAAAAAAGUU